AUGGAUGCUAUGUCUUCGCCGAUGACAAGCGUCGCACCUAGUGGCGAUCCUGCCGCUCAACAGACGGUUCAAGCUGAUAUUAUCACCAAAUCAAAAUCACCCUCCGAUCCGCAGCAAUCACUAACAUUACUAAAU